AUGGCCACAGAUUCUAAUUUUGUGCAAGCAGCCAUUCCACGUUUCGAUGGUCAUUAUGAUCAUUGGAGCAUGUUGAUGGAGAAUUUCCUUCGAUCCAAGGAAUAUUGGGAUGUAGUUACCAAUGGUGUUGUUGAACCAGCACUAGCAGAAGGAGCUCAGUUGACAGCAGCACAACGAGCAGCUCAUGAAGCAGUAAAGUUGAAGGAUUUGAAGGCGAAGAAUUAUCUCUUCCAGCCCAUUGACCGUUCUAUCUUGGAAACCAUUCUUUCCAAAGAAACUUCCAAGGAUAUUUGGGACUCCAUGAAAAAGAAGUAUCAAGGCUCUGCAAGAGCAAAGAGGCAGCAGCUUCAAGCUUUACGCUCGGAAUUCGAAACACUUCGAAUGAAGUCGGGAGAAUCAAUUGCAGAUUAUUUCUCUCGCGUGAUGACCAUUGUCAAUAAAAUGCGAAUUCAUGGAGGCAGGAUAGAAGAAAUAACUGUCAUAGAAAAAAUUCUUCGAUCAUUAACAGCAAAAUUUAACUUUGUUGUUUGUGCUAUAGAAGAAUCUAAAGAUAUAGAUGAUUUGUCACUUGAUGAAUUGCAGAGUUCAUUGGUGGUGCAUGAACAAAAGUUCAAACAGGAAGACACAGAUGAGCAAGCAUUAAAGGCUUCUACCGAUACUCGUUCCAACAAUUUUCAAGGAAGGGGUAGAGGUAGAGGUAGAGGCAGAGGUAGAGACAGAGGCAGAGGCAGAGGAAGGUCCACUAAUUUCAGAGCCAAUAAUGAUCAAUUUCAAGGCAGAGGCAGAGGAGGAGCCCCUGAUAAAUCCAAGGUAGAAUGUUUCAGGUGUCAUAAAUUUGGUCAUUAUUAA